UAUUAAUUUGGCGCCAGUUCAUUCAUAUACCACAACAACGAAGAGGAGGUAGUCACGGAGAAAGAAAGGCUGGGUUUAUAAUCCGUGUCAUCGCUUAGUACGCUAAAAGAUUACUUUAGUAAUACACAACUUAGGUUUGUGGCAAAUUAUUUCUAAAGGUUAACUACUAAAUUUGUGUAGGGAAAUGUUUGAGGCACGACUAGCACAAGGUUCUCUCUGGAAGAAAAUUCUGGACGCCAUCAAAGACUUACUUACGGAAGCAAUAUGGGACUGCAACAGUACUGGAAUAGCUUUACAGGCUAUGGAUAGUUCACAUGUCAGCCUUGUGUCACUCAACCUUCGUUCAGAUGGCUUCGAAACAUACAGAUGUGAUAGAAACUUGUCCAUGGGUAUGAAUCUUGCAAGCAUGUCAAAGAUCCUGAAGUGUUCAGGAAAUGAUGACAUAAUUACAAUAAAAGCAGAGGACAACCCAGACACUGCAAUGUUUAUAUUUGAGUCUGCAAAUAAUGAAAAAGUAUCAGAUUAUGCCAUGAAGUUGCUUGAUUUGGACACCGAACAACUGGGUAUUCCUGACACAGAAUACAGCUGUGUUGUGAAGCUUCCUUCAGCAGAAUUCCAGAGAAUAUGCAGAGAUUUGAGUCAAAUUGGAGAAUCUAUUGUUGUCUGUUGUACAAAAGAAGGUGUGAAGUUCUCGUCAAGUGGAGAAUUGGGCACAGGUAAUGUGAAACUAGCACAGAACUCGAGUGCAGACAAAGAUGAAGAUAAUGUAACCAUUGAGAUGAACCAGGCUGUAACUUUGACUUUUGCACUUCGCUACUUGAACUUCUUUACAAAAGCUACUGCAUUGUCACCUCAGGUGACUUUGUCAAUGUCACAAGAUGUCCCUUUAGUUGUGGAGUACAAAAUAGCAGAUAUGGGCUACCUCAGAUUUUACCUUGCUCCAAAGAUUGAGGACCAAGAUGAAUAAAUGGACUAUGUUGCUAAUAAAUUGAUAUUGAUAGCACUGUGAUUAAGGGGGAGGGGAUAUCCUUGGAUGAAGUUUGAACUCUGAAUUUCCUAUUUAUAAUGAUGGAAAGACCAAAAACUUGAAGGCAUUGAAAAGGCUUUGAUUUGGAAUUUAUCUCAUCUUAUUACAAACUUUCUUACUGAAGUGAUGAGAUGAUCAAUGUGAAACAUUACUCAUUGUGAACUGCCAUAUGAAAGAUUUAUGUUUUGACUGAUUUGUUAUUCAUUGUUUCAACAAUGUUUCACAUUGUAGAUGUGCUUGUUUUGUGUAUUGACAAGUAAAUUGAGAAUUAAAUUUGUAAUAUAACAUA